AUGCCACAGGCACCGCUGAUGCCGUUGCCCCAAGGGGCUCCGCAACAGCUUUACACAAUGCAGCAGCGCUUGCAGGAGAUGCAGAAGCAAGUGACGGCGGAGUUGCAGCAGCAGCUCGAACCACAACUCCAACGUCGGUAUGUGUGGUCGACUCCCAACGGUGGGGUUGCCUAUGGUCGAUUCGGUACAGCAUCAGCCUCUCGUUUCUGGAACUCUUCUCAAUCUCGACAGGAAGGACCAGUGCUACAGCAACAGUCUCAGCAACUUUUGCCACCAGUCGCAACCCAACAACAGCAGCAGUCGGAAAGCUCAAAGGAUGGUCAAACACCACCACCCCAAACCCCUUUACCGUCAGGAGGCCCUCCAGUCGAUCUCCUCUCUUCUUUGAUGAAUGACUUGGAAAAGGAGAAAGGGAACACAGAGGGUGAAGCCCCUGACGACGGGCUCCCUGAACUUCUGCGGCCCGAGCUACUGGGGGACGACCCUAGAGCAGCACGUAGCUCAGACCGCCAGAAGGACGCCUCCCCAAAAAAGGAAACACCGGCUCGACAAAGACUACGGCGGCUUGGCCGAAACCUCGCCAGUGUCGCUGAAAGCGAAGAAAAACGCUUCGAGGAUCAGGACAGGAAGACCAGCAGCACUGCAGAAAGAGACCUCCAAGGCGGAUUCUCCUGGCAGCAAUUCAUCCCUUCCUGGACACAAUUUGUUCCUCCACAAGUUUUUGGGCGCCAAAAUGCAGAGCCAGCACAGGAAACUCAGGGACAGCGCUCGAACGGUAUGGGUUCACGCACAACACAGCGCGACACGGCGUUUGAAGAAUUGUUGGUACGGCAGCAGCAGCUGGAACAAGAGAUGAGAGACAUUCAAGCGGAUCGAGAGGAAACUGACUCAGAGCAGUCACCGAACACCCUGGAGAGGCAGUCUGAAGUUGGGAUUCAGGUAGAACCGUCUACAGCUCCCAAACAGGCAGAUGAGAAACUCUCACGGAAUGCAGCUAAGCUGCAGGCGCUGCACCAAGCGCAAGCUGCUGAAUUGAAGGCGAGGCAGGAAGAAAGAUGGAGUGAGUUGCUUGAGCAACUGAAAGAAGAAAACGACGAGCUGAAACAGAGGCAGCGUGAACAGAUACAGCAACUACAGGAGUGGCAACAACAGCGUGCUCGUGAGCAAGCGAACCAGCUAAGCGAAAGACAGGAAGAAGAGUGGACGGCUUUGAAAAAGAAGCAAGCACUUGAUUUGCAGAAGAUUCAAAGGCGGCAGGCUGCCUUGGCCGCCCGUGUUCAGCGGGAUCAGACUAUCCAAAUGCAGCAGCUACUAGCGCAGCAGCAGCAGCAGCUGGAUCAGGCAGAACGGUUGCAUCAGCUUCAGGAUGCUCUAAAAGAACAAGAACGAGACAUAGCCUACCAACUUCAAAUGAUAGAGAAGGAGAGACACGAGCACAUUGAGCCACUCAUCGCGAACACUGGGGAAACGCGACCAACAGAAGAGCCAGAGACGAAAGAGGGAGAUGACAGCAGACUGUCGUUUCAAGAAGAGGCAACUAUAUAUGAAUCGACGCCAGAAGAGAAAAGAGGGUCGGGUCAGGAGCAAGGUCAAACAGGGGAACAGAAUGGAGAGACAAGAGACGAGGAAUCCAUGACUAAAGAGGAGAGAGAAUCGACUGAGACGGAAGAGGAAGUGACCCCGCUGUGGGGGACGUCAGAAUCAGUAGCAUCUCAAGAGGAGCGAAUAAACGGGAUUACUGGUGAACCGAAGCAACCGGCAAAAGAGCAAUAUGCGUCUAGGGAUGGCAGCCAGCAGCAGGAGUAUCCUUCCUUGUUGCCGGAAGACGGUGUGGAGGGGACAGGACAGGGGGCGUCAGGGAAUAUUGGUAACGCUGUCGACGGUUUGUUUCAGGGUGCGGAGCUAGUCCGUGACGAGGACUCUAUCGCGGCAUAUGGCGACUCUUCCGGCCUCGAAAAAGACGAUGGUGAGCCAGAAGGGCCAUUGUCUUCGAGCGACGCAACGGGAGUCGACAGCGCUGAUCGUGGAGAUGUCCCACUGCACGAACAAACGGAGAAACGGGAUGAAGAACCCUCUGAGAUUAAGCAUGAACUAGAAGUGGAACAGGGAGCUGACGACUCACUACACAACUUCGAUAAGCUUCAAGACAGCCUUCCAGAAGACAUCAAAGACUUGCGAUUUGAUCAGGAAGCGAUAGAACCAUCAGAGCAGUUGCUUGGAGUGCCAUACAACGAGAUGGUAGAUGCUGUCUGA